AGAGAGAGAGAGAGAGAGCGAGAGAGGCGGCUUUGCUCUUAGAGAGAGAGGCCUUGCUCGUAGAGAGAGAGAGGAAAACCCGUGGUGAAAAUGGAUCCAUCAGAGAAUGGAGCUACAUUAAUGGAGUUAGACGACCAUGGACAGCAAAACCUGCCAUCCACUUUUGAGAAACCCAUUAAAGUAAUUGAUUUGCUUCGAAAGUUUCUCUCUCUUCAACAGAGAAGGGCCGCUGCGUAUGAAAGGCUAAGAAAGGGUUUUGCGGAAUAUAUGGUGAAUGGAAGUGAUGCAACCUAUCAACAACUCUGUAGUGAAAUCACUGUUGAAUUCAAUGAUUGCUCAAAACAAGUUGUUGAAUUGGAGUCUCAGUUUUCAAACCCAUAUUUUUGUCGGGGCGACCUUGCCAGCAUUUUGAAGGCUGUUCAGGCACAAGAAAAACAGAAGUUACACAUGACCGCCAAGAUUCAAGUAUUGAAGAAGGCAGGGCGGCCAUCAGAACGGCUAGUGAGCCACGAACGGUGUAGAUUUGACAGGCCAGCCGAGCAUCGAUGUGUUCACCUCCAUGAGAUCACAGAGGCCUCAGGAACAGAGGAUGCCGAGGUAGAUGCUGCAUAUGAUGAAGCCCUCAAGGAGGCCAUAAGAGGAGUGCAAGACGCUGUUACAAUCAUCAAUGAUCACCUCGAGGAAGUGCAAUAUGAGAUUGAGGCCUUAGAAGCCGAAUAACUCUGGUUACGAUUAUUAACGAGCACCUCGAGGAAGUGCACUGUGAGAUUGAGGCCCCUCAAAGCCAAAGACUUCCCUCUCUCUCUGAUAUAAUGGGUGGUCUUCGUAAAUAUACAUUUUCAGAAUUGGGAAUGUUGUUCUUGUAUUUGUGUACUUGUGAUGAGUUUUGCAGGCCAUUAGAUGUCCAAAAUUUGAUGGAUU